ACGCUUCAUCGCGACAGGGCUUCCACCAUAGUGAUGCCGCGGGCCAGAGCGGAACUUAGCCAAUAGCGGGCGGCUCCGGUUUUUCGCCCUGCCGGAAGUUCCGCUCGCGAGUGACGUAGGUCCAUCUACAGCCAUGGCGCAAUACAAAGGAGCUGCCAGCGAGGCUGGCCGGGCACUCCAGCUGAUGAAGAAGAGGGAGAGGCAGCGGGAACAUAUGGAACAGAUGAGGCAACGGAUUGCUGAGGAGAACAUCAUGAAGUCAAACAUUGAUAAGAAAUUCUCAGCUCACUAUGAUGCAGUGGAAGCUGAGCUGAAAUCCAGCACUGUUGGCCUGGUGACCCUCAACGACAUGAAGGCCAAGCAAGAGGCUCUCGUAAAGGAACGGGAGAAGCAGCUGGCAAAGAAGGAGCAGUCCAAAGAGCUGCAGCUGAAGCUGGAGCGCAUGCGGGAGCGGGAACGCAAGCAGGAGCAGAAGCGGAAGAUCUCAAGCUUGUCCUUCACCCUGGAUGAGGAGGAGGAAGAUGAUGGCAUCGAGGAGGAAGAGGAAGAGGCAGAGCUGGAGCGGGAAGAGCUGGCCCCCAAGAAGAAGAAACUGGGGAAGAACCCAGAUGUGGACACCAGCUUCCUGCCUGACCGUGACCGUGAGGAGGAAGAAAAUCGCCUGCGAGAAGAACUUCGCCAGGAGUGGGAAGCCAAACAGGAGAAAAUAAAGAGUGAAGAAAUAGAAAUCACCUUCAGCUACUGGGAUGGCUCUGGGCACCGCCGGACUGUCAAGAUGAAGAAGGGCAACACCAUCCAGCAGUUCCUGCAAAAGGCCCUGGAGAUCUUGCGUAAGGACUUCAGUGAACUCCGGUCAGCUGGUGUGGAGCAACUUAUGUACAUCAAGGAGGAUCUGAUCAUCCCACAUCACCACAGCUUCUAUGACUUCAUCGUCACCAAGGCCCGGGGGAAAAGCGGGCCGCUCUUCAAUUUUGAUGUACACGAUGAUGUUCGGCUUCUAAGUGACGCAACAGUGGAAAAAGAUGAGUCCCACGCCGGCAAAGUGGUGCUUCGCAGCUGGUAUGAAAAGAACAAGCAUAUUUUCCCUGCAAGCCGGUGGGAGCCCUACGACCCCGAGAAGAAGUGGGACAAGUACACGAUCCGCUGAGAGACGGAUGAAGCUGCUGAUCCUCUAUUGGUGUGAUACGUGGCUGCCUUCCUGAAGCUGCUGCAGCAUCUCUCCUUUAUCCCACUCCAGCCCUCCAACCUCUGCAGCUGCACCUUCACCCCUAACUGUAUCAGCCUUUGGUGAAAUAAACUUUGCCUCACCUAAACAUGAA